AUGGCUUCUGUCUUCCUAUCAACACUGUUUAUUCUAUUCCUAUCAAGUUCCAUUUACGCACGAUUACCAUAUACCUCACCUCGACCGCGUCAUGUUCGCAUCGAUCAUCACGACGUAGACACUCAUUCUGACAUCGUUGUUGAGACACCAAUCUUUUCCUGGUCAAUUGAUGAUGAAAAGUGUCCGUACAAUGGUACGUUAUUACGUGGUAUUCAGCAGAUAGCAUAUCGGUUAACUGUUGCUCAAAAACUCAGUUUCUAUUCUCCGAAACAGACGCCCUUGGUCAUCUAUGAUUCGGGACGUGUUUUAUCAGAUUUAAAUACAAAUGUUCUCUACAAUGGUUCAGCUUUGACAUCUGAUACAAGAUACAUAUACUCCAUUCAAUACUGGUCAUCUACUGGUGCGGCUAGUGAGAUAAUAACUGGUGAAUUUCGAACCGCUUUGUUUAAUCCGAAAAAUGAGCUGACAGCGAGUUGGAUAGGUUCGCGCCAAAUCAAUAUGAAUGAGUUAAGACGUGAAUUUGAUGUUCCACAAAGCAUCCUGUCAGCUACUGUAUUUAUGAGUGGUAUGGGUUACGGUACAUUAUAUAUAAAUGGUAUAAAUGUUGAUCCCUCGCGUCGUUUCGAUCCUGGAUGGACUACAUAUACACAACGUGUUCUAUAUGUUUCCUAUGAUAUAACGCAAUUUCUUAAAGGACAAUCCACUAACUGCAUUGGCGUACAAUUAGGACUCGGAUUUUAUACUAAUGAACAAUGGGGUGGAGGAGUUCCUCCACCAGCAUCAGAAGUAUUUGGUCCACCACCACGCCUGCUCUUACAAGUCAAUAUCGUGCUUAACGAUCAUACAACAAUGAAUAUUAGUACCGAUACAACAUGGCUCGGUCGUGAAGGAGCCCAUCGUAAAGAUAGUAUAUAUAUGGGUACAUUCUAUGAUACGCGUGCCGAACGAUAUAACUGGUCAACAGCUGGUUUUAAGGAUCCAUAUAGUUUGUGGUUAAAUGCAUCUUUGAUCGAAUCGCCUCUGUCGUCACCGACUGGUCAAUUAACAUAUCAAUCUAUGGAUCCAAUACGAAUUAGUCCAUAUGCGCUUCAUAUUGCCACAUCAGCAUCGCAAACUGGCUACAGACUAAUGCCACCUGGAGUAAAUGGCGGUAAUGUGAUGAAUGGUGGUAUAUUUAAUGCUACACCAAUACCAAAUCAACAAGUACCAACAUAUGACGUUACACAAAAUAUUGCUGGCUACUGCACUUUGACAAUUACAGGCAGAAAAGGUAUGACUGUAUCAACGCGACAUGCAGAAUUGCUAGAUAAACCGGGCGAAGAUGGAAUUCAAUAUCAAGGUCUCAAUUCUGCCAAUUAUCAAAUAAUUACUGCAUCUGAUGAUUUUAUCAUUCAAGGUAAUCCACAUGAAAUAUUGGAACCUAUGUUUACUUAUCAUGGGUUUCGUUACAUUUCAAUAUAUGCUAAUUACAUUAAUAUUGAGUCAGUUGUUUGCUCGGCAAUACACAGUGAAACUACUCUCAUAGGUAAUUUUACUUCUUCAUCACUCGUACUCAAUCAAAUUCAACAUAAUAUUUUAUGGUCACAACUGAGUAAUAUUAUGUCAAUUAUAACAGAUUGUAGUCAGCGACAAGAACGACGAGGUUGGCUUGGUGAUGCAGCGUUAUCAGUCGAUGUAGCCCUGUUCAACUUUGAUUUGUAUGGUUUAUAUGUAAAUUCUCUUCGAAAUAUUGCAGAUGUUCAACAUGCAGACGGAUCAAUUCCUGAUACAGCACCAUUUUCAGUCGGUGGAUAUGUAGCAGAUCCAUCAUGGGCACAUGCAUAUCCGGAGAUUACUUGGCGUAUCUAUCAACAUUAUAAUGAUACUGCAACCGUGAAAGAACAUUACAUUGGAAUACAAGGAUGGGUAGAUUAUUUGACUAGUCGUGCACAACAGGGUGGUUUGGCAAAUAUGUAUUUUGCUUAUGGUGAUUGGGAAACACCAGUUCAUUAUCCUGUAACAAACAGUUCAUUAGUCUCUGCAUUUUCAUAUCUUAGUGACGUACAAACAAUGAUUACACUUUCUAAAGUUCUUAACAAUCAGACAAAUGUUGAUAAGUAUAGCAAAUUGUAUAAUCAAUUGGCAACAGAAUUUCAUACAACAUUUUACAAUUCACAAGUCAAUGGUUAUGCAGAAGGAUAUCAAACAGCAAAUGUACUUGCAUUGAGAUUACCCAAUGUUGUACCUGAAAAUCUUCGUGCAUCAAUUAUUAAAUCACUUGUAGAUAACAUUGCUACUAAUAACAAUCAUUCGACAACUGGUAUCGUUGGUACAGCUGCACUAUUUCCUGUUUUGACCGAGGCCGGGUAUCAUGAUUUAGCAGUAACAAUAGCGACUCAGACAACCUAUCCAUCUUUCGGUUACAUGUUCAAUAAUGAUGUACAAAAUGCCACAACAAAUUGGGAAACAUAUCAUGCUUUAAUAAAAGGUGUUGGUGGUACUGAUAGUCUCAAUCAUCACAUGUUUAAUAGUAUUGGCGCUUGGUUCUAUCGAUACCUAGCCGGAAUACAACUAAAUGGUUUUAAUGAAGAUUUUAUUAUUCAUCCACGGCUUACUACUCUUCUGACAAAUGUAGACGCAGAAGUGCAUACAAUCAAGGGAUCGAUUUUUGUUGCAUGGCAACGACAUACUAACGACAAUACGGUCACCUAUAACGUGACUAUACCACAUUCAUUUUAUUCGAUUAUUACAUUUGAACCUAUGAAACCGGCGGCUCGUUGCGUAUCCAUUGAAGAAAGUGGCAUAGUAAUUUGGCAACAAUCAUCUUCAUUGUUCGAAACAAAUGUUAAUGGCAUACUAUGGCUACGUCCUGAUUCGAUAAUUGAGGGUGCAAUCAGCGCCCGCAUAGCAGGUGGUUCAUAUCAAUGGAAGGUGCAAUGGAACUAG